AUGAUAUGUUUGAUAGUAGAAUCAAUAACUUCCUAUAGAGAUACUUUUAAGUUAGAAUUAAUGGAUGAAACAGGUAUUAUAAUCGGACAUACUGAUAUUACACAAUUAGAAAUAGGGAACAUCAUAAUGUUAAAAAACUGUGCAAUAUGGAAGUUAGAAGAAAAUCAAUUAAACAUAAUAAAAAAUAAUCUUUAUGAAACAAUAAACUAA